UUCGCCCGCGUCCCCCCCACCCCCACCCCCCGGAAGGUAGACCGAGGAGGGGAGGCCGGCGGGCGGAGAAGCGAGGAGCGCGCGAUCCGGCGGGAGUGGGGGCGGCUAUGUGGGGAGUGGUGCACCUCGCAGUCUAGACGGGCCGCUCCGGGCGGGGGGCGUGUGCGCUGGGGCGCACCUGCUAGACGACAGAGCCCCGAGCCGGCACGUGCAGCGAGUGUAGCCGCGCCCGCCGCGCCCCGCUUCUGGCUGCUAGGGGAAGGGAGGGGGGGCGGACAGGUGCCGCGGCCCGGCUAGUGGGGAGGGGGCGGCGGCCAUGGAGCGGGUGAACGACGCCUCGUGCGGCCCGUCGGGCUGCUACACCUACCAGGUGAGCAGGCACAGCACCGAGAUGCUGCACAACUUAAACCAGCAGCGCAAGAACGGCGGGCGCUUCUGCGACGUGCUGCUGCGGGUGGGCGACGAGAGCUUCCCGGCGCACCGCGCCGUGCUGGCCGCCUGCAGCGAGUACUUCGAGUCGGUGUUCAGCGCCCAGCUGGGCGACGGCGGAGCUGCGGACGGGGGUCCCGCCGACGUGGGGGGCGCGGCGGCAGCCCCUGGCGGCGGAGCGGGGGGCAGCCGGGAGCUGGAGAUGCACACCAUCAGCUCCAAGGUGUUCGGGGACAUCCUGGACUUCGCUUACACGUCCCGCAUCGUGGUGCGCCUGGAGAGCUUCCCCGAGCUGAUGACCGCCGCCAAGUUCCUGCUCAUGAGGUCGGUCAUUGAGAUCUGCCAGGAAGUCAUCAAACAGUCCAACGUGCAGAUCCUCGUGCCCCCCGCCCGCGCCGACAUCAUGCUCUUCCGCCCCCCUGGGACCUCGGACUUGGGCUUCCCUUUGGACAUGACCAAUGGGGCAGCCUUAGCGGCCAACAGCAAUGGCAUCGCAGGCAGCAUGCAGCCCGAGGAGGAGGCGGCGCGGGCGGCUGGCGCGGCCAUCGCGGGCCAGGCCUCCCUGCCUGUGCUCCCUGGGGUGGACCGCUUGCCCAUGGUGGCUGGACCCCUGUCCCCCCAGCUGCUGACGUCCCCAUUCCCCAAUGUGGCAUCCAGUGCCCCUCCCCUGACUGGCAAGCGAGGCCGGGGCCGCCCAAGGAAGGCCAACCUGCUGGACUCCAUGUUCGGGUCCCCAGGGGGCCUGAGGGAGGCGGGCAUCCUCCCAUGUGGCCUGUGCGGGAAGGUAUUCACCGAUGCCAACCGGCUCCGGCAGCACGAGGCCCAGCACGGGGUCACCAGCCUCCAGCUGGGCUACAUUGACCUCCCUCCUCCGAGGCUGGGCGAGAAUGGGCUACCCAUCUCUGAGGACCCUGAUGGCCCCCGCAAGAGGAGCCGGACCAGGAAGCAGGUGGCCUGUGAUAUCUGCGGCAAGAUCUUCCGCGACGUGUACCAUCUCAACCGGCACAAGCUGUCCCACUCCGGGGAGAAGCCCUACUCUUGCCCUGUGUGUGGGCUUCGGUUCAAGAGGAAAGACCGCAUGUCCUACCACGUGCGCUCCCACGACGGGUCCGUGGGCAAGCCCUACAUCUGCCAGAGCUGUGGGAAAGGCUUCUCCAGGCCUGACCACUUGAAUGGACAUAUCAAGCAGGUGCACACCUCUGAGCGGCCUCACAAGUGUCAGACCUGCAAUGCUUCUUUCGCCACCCGAGACCGUCUGCGCUCCCACCUGGCCUGCCACGAGGACAAGGUGCCCUGCCAGGUGUGUGGGAAGUACCUGCGGGCGGCCUACAUGGCAGACCACCUGAAGAAGCACAGCGAGGGGCCCGGCAGCUUCUGCAGUAUCUGUAACCGAGGUUUCUCCUCUGCCUCCUACUUAAAGGUCCAUGUUAAAACCCACCACGGUGUUCCCCUUCCCCAGGUCUCCAGGCACCAGGAGCCCAUCCCGAAUGGGGGAGCAGCGUUCCACUGCGCCAGGACCUAUGGCAACAAAGAAGGCCAGAAAUGCUCACAUCAGGAUCCGAUUGAGAGCUCUGACUCCUACGGUGACCUCUCAGAUGCCAGUGACCUGAAGACGCCAGAGAAGCAGAGCGCCAACGGCUCUUUCUCCUGUGACAUGGCGGUCCCCAAAAACAAGAUGGAGUCCGACGGGGAGAAGAAGUACCCGUGCCCCGAGUGUGGGAGCUUCUUCCGCUCCAAAUCCUACUUGAACAAACACAUCCAGAAGGUGCACGUCCGAGCGCUCGGGGGCCCUCUGGGGGACCUGGGCCCUGCUCUCGGCUCGCCUUUCUCUCCACAGCAGAACAUGUCUCUCCUCGAGUCCUUCGGGUUCCAGAUCGUCCAGUCGGCGUUUGCGUCAUCCCUGGUAGAUCCUGAGGUAGACCAGCAGCCCAUGGGGCCGGAAGGGAAGUGAGGCAGGCGCUGCGUCCCCAUGGAGACCGCCAUCGGGGCCGGCUGAGAAAUGCUGUGAAUGCGGAGGGAAGCGAUGUCUUUGAGUUCUGUAGCUGAGAGGUUUUUCUUCGUUUUUGCCCGCCCACCCAGCCCUAGCCCCAUUCCCUUUCUGCCACCCACUCCCCCAGUGGCCUUUAGGAAUAGAUUCUCAUCUGAUACUCAGCAGAAAUGUCUGCAAGAUCCGGUAUGGGACGAGGGUGGACAACACUACACGUGCCUCCAUGGCAACACCAGUCCCGCUUUCUCUUAAGAGGUGGAAGCUGGAAUUCCUGGUGCUCAGUUCUUAGCGACCCCAAUCCCAAACCCAAACCCCAUGGCAUUCUGGGACCUCGGUGGUUUUGGUCUCCGCCUACUUCUCGGAUUCCUCAUUCCCCUUUCCCAUAUCCUCCAAAAGAAACCACAGUAGGGUCUCCACCCAUUUACACCUUGAUACCCAGCUGCUUUUAAGGAAGCCGGAAGCCUGCAGCAUCCCACGGACCACGGGGUGAGCGUCCUCUAAGAGCCCCUCUGAGCUCAGCCCUUGGCCUUGAGGGCCCAGACCCUCCUGAGCCCUGCUUGGUGGCCAACAUUUUGCUGCUAGGACAAGCUCAGCUAUUGAGGACACCCCACCCCAAAUUCCAGUUCUCACAAGAUCUUAACCAUUCAACUUGCUGUUGGGUUUGAAUUCUCUAAUUAUUAUUAUUGUUGUUAUUAUUUUUUAGGACCAGUUGUAGUGAAUUGCUACUGAAAGCUACCACAGGUGAUACAGAGCUCUUGUAAACCGCAGUCACGUUAGGGUUAGUAUCCAACUUUGUUUAGAUGUACCAUAAUUAACUUGGCUAGUUGAUUGUUUGAAGUCUAUGGAAGAAAUAGUUUUAUGCAAAAUUUAAAAGAAUGCCAGUCUGGUCAGGGAGAUAGGGAAUUCUAGUGCUGUUGGAAGCCAGGAAGGCACCGGAGCCAGCAGGGAGGGACGUUGUGUAGCUGGGCUGUGUCAACGCAAGAGUGAUGUGCAUUGAUCUGAUCAGACUGUAUUAAAAGCGUUAGUACCUUA